AUGCUACACAAAUUUGUCAGACGAUCCGAACUGCGAUCAAGUGUGUGUGCUGAAGCCAUGUGCUGCGCUAAGCUGCAAAUCGACCAAUUGCCUGCAGCGCUGUUUAUCAGGGGGUGUAAAUCGCUGGUGUGUACAGGCGCUGAUUGCACGCAAACCUGCUUGGAAAACUGUUCUGAAAUAAACUGCACAGUGACGGCAAAGUGCAACCAGCAGUGCGAGAAGGGGCACUGCGGCUUACGUGGCAUGGGUUAUGGUGUGGUGGAGCAGACCUGCGCUGAGAACUGCAAAGAUGUGAAAUGUAAGGCUGACAGGUGCAGACAAACCUGUGCAGGAGACGGUUGCAGUUUGGAGUGUCCUAUGGGUAAGUGAAGUAAUAUUCUAGUCCUCGGAAUAACCACAGGCAGAUCUUAGGUGGGGGUGUCCUUUUGAUAUCGGUGAAACCCUCGCUUAUUCUUCGACCUAACCAGGAGCUACGUUAAUGUGCCACUGCCCUAAUCCUAAUUCUGACCUUGUAUCUGAGGUGAUCCCCUCCCCGCCGCCCCCUCACCCAAUCGAAUUCCUCGACCGAACGGGAAUGAAAUGUUGAAAUAAAACCGUAAUGAUCACAUAUAUCUGUUACAGGUUCUAGAGAGUGCACACAAGAUUGCAAAGGUCCUUGCAACAUGAAAUGCGAAGCUUCCGAGUGCGAAAGCACAUGUACCGGUGGUAGAUGCAACUUAGAAUGUAGCAACAGCGAAUCAAACCUCUGCGAACAAACCUGUGCUCGUGGCGCCUGCGAAGUCAAGUGCACAGCGAAGAAAUGUGAAAGCUCAUGCACGGGAGGUCAUUGCACCCCGUUCACCUGUACCGCUGAUAAUUGUACCCAGAUUUGCGGUCAAAACUGUACCUACAUGAGGUGCCAAUCAAAGCAGUGUGACCAGUCGUGCACCAAAGGGAAUUGUGAUAUGUACUGUGAGACCGGAGCAGAGAUGUGUGUGAUGUCAUGUCCCGGAGGAAACUGUAAACUGCACUGCGACGGACAGAAGUGUAAACGCGACUGCUCUGGAGGUGGAUGCUCGUAUUCUGGAUCGGGCGAAGAAGUUAGCACCAGUACCCCAUCGCUAAACAGGCCAAACAGGCCAAACAGGCCAAACAGGCCAAACAGGCCAAAACCACCCAAGGCUGGCGCGCCGAGGGUCGUGUCCUUGCAUUUUACGUUAUUUCUGCCUGCGAUAGUAUAUCUCAUUUCCUGUAAACUAAUAAUUUAAGCAAACAGUUGGCAUUGUUAUUCUUCACAGUGUUAAACUAUAAAGACGAAUUUAGACUGUCAGCUUUAAAUAGAACUGACAAGAGAUGGCGCAAUUUGUAAAUUAAAGUAGUACAUCGAAAGGCCACCAAUUAUAUCUAUGCAUGGUGGUACAUGGCUAGCAAAUCUGUCACGCAAACCAUUAUGGCACACGGACAGUAAGGGUAUAAUAAGAAGUAAGGAUCACGAAAAAGGUUACUGCGCACUGUUUAAUGUCAUUGCCUUUAUCCAGUAGAGUAAAUGAUAAAGAAACAAACACCUGUCUCCAGAACUCUUCCUUGUAAGAUAAAAGUCUUGGGAACGACGUUGAUAAGGAAGUUUGUUGCCGUUACAAAGUGGUUUCUCAUGCUUCAGUCUUCAGCUUCUGGGAGGUACCAACCCUCCCCCUUCCCCUAAAGUAAGCUAUCUAGGUACGUUCAGCACCAAAGGGUGUGUUUUUUUUUUUAUCCCUGCUGGUUUGAAAUUGGGUACUAUAUACUUUAACCAUUUUGGAUGAAAAACAGUGUAAGGUUAUUGUGAUCACUGGAAACAGGGUCUGAAAUUAGUUAUGUGUUUCUCCUUUGUAGUUUUGUACUUUUCAGAACAAAUUUUCAGGUCUCAAAUAAGAAGGGCAUUUUACUGACACUGACAUAUUUUGUCCUGAAGUGGGGUCAGGGUUUAGAAGACAAGCCGCAUACUCCUCUUUCUGUCCCUCACAUUCUUCCAGGAGUAUCCCCGGGUUUCAGCUUCGACACGUAGUGUGAGUUUUUAUGAAUAUCUUAAAAAAUUCUUCGUGGAUGUCUUUUUGUUUUGGUUAGCAUGUUCCAGGCGUUCAGAUAGCCAUGGAGUGCGGCGAGAAGUCAGGCAGUGGAAAAAAUCCCUAUCACCACCCCCUCGCUGCCUUUCUUUGUCACAUCUCUUUGCCCCUUCUCUACAAUCUGAACACUUGUAACAGGCUUUGUUUUGGUCAAUAGAUGUAUUUAAUAAUUUGUAACCGACGUUAACCUUACCUUCCCAGGGGAGUAGCCAGCCCAUAGACCUGUUGGCAUGGGCCUACAGAUGUUUGGUUUGAUCACGCUACCGCUUGUAACAAAAUAAAACUAGGCGUUGUUGGGGUGAGCUAAAAAGCUUAACAGCUCAAAGUGUUGGUGAGGUCAGCACGUACAAGUCAUGCGUGCAAUUUUCAGGAUGUGUGGAAAUGAAAGUCCGCCAGGCCUACAACUAGUCGAAAAGCUGGCUACCCCCCAGCUUCGCAUCCGCUGAUGGAAUGAAUAGAGCGUUUUCACUCACAUGACCAGCAUCUAUGCAAACUAAUGGCAACAAAAGAACGUGUUUACAUAAGAAAAGAGAUCAACUCCCACAGGAUUGGUUUGGAACACCAACAUGGCCGCCGUGACGUCAUGUGAAAACGCUCUAUAGGCCAUUUGCACGAUGACAUCAUUUUACUACUGCGACCAGAAUCCUUCAGGGUUUUGCUUUCUUGUGCAAAUUAGGGCUUUAAUUAUUUAAACCUCACUGGGAUUACACGAUUUAAAUAUCAAAGGCAAAACGAAAAGGAUUCUGGUCGUAGUAGUAAAAUGACGCCAUCGUGCAAAUGACCUGUGCCAGAAAUAGUAUGGAGUUAAUGACGUUUUUCUUUUCUUUUUUUUUUUCUUUCCUUUUUUUUUUUUUUUGGAAUCAUGAAGUUGUUUCUUUGUUCUUAUUACUUUUUCCUGAAAUAGUUUUGGUUUUUUGUCUUUUUUUUUUUUUUUUUUUUUCUUUUCUUUUUUUUUUUUUUUGGAAACAAAAGUUGUAAUGUUUUUAAUAUUGAAACCAGACAGUUUCCCUUUCAAAAAUUCUUUUUCCCUUCCGUCUAACAUAAAACGUGCCUGAAGUUUAAAAUUUCCAUCUAUAUAUAGUCAGAACAAAUUAUUUUUGUUCAACUUCAGUGUUAGCUUUCCUUCUCAUCUUGUUUCGUUUUCUGACCAGCCUUAUUCUUUCUCAGUCUGACGUAAUAAACCUGAAGUUUAAAUUUCCCAUUUAACUAUAUAGCUAAAUAAUAAAGUCAUCGACUAAAAUAUCUAUGCCAGUCCAACCUGUUGGCUUUCAGUUUUCAUAGUUUUGUUUCAUUUCCUAACCUUACCGUCAUUCGCUGUUAUUUUCAAAGAUUUCUAGUUUCGAACAAUUAACCCUCUCCUUGAGUUUAUAAUACUUUUAGGCGAACAAAAAUGGUAACGCUAAUAAAAGUCCUACAUUUAUCAUUCUCUCUUGUACGCAAUUAUGACGUCUAAGAAAAUAUGAGAACUUAUCACUAAUUCAUUGGCACUUUUCAUAAGCUGUGGCGACUAGCUUUGUGUAUUCUCCCUGUUUUGUACCAGUGCUUACUCCCCCGUAGUUCCAUCCAGUUUUCAACACUUAAUAGCCUGCUCAGCCGGCGGAUUACGUUUUUGCGCGUGUGAGAGUUAAAGCCGCGAAAAGCGAGCACCAUCUCAGAGCGUCCCCUAGUCCCCAUUCUUCGCACGGUUUCGCAGCUUCUCUGCCAAAACUUUGCUCGCGCUAAGGAUCCCGCGGCUACGCGGGCUAAACACUUAAAAUGGAGUGAGCUCUCAUGCCGGUCACCUAUGAGUGACAUGUUCUUGCGUGCAAUCCCGUACAAGAGAACGACCAUUUCUGAAUACUUUACUAAGCAGAAGCGGGCGCCUUAAUUUAAAGAAGCACGAUUUUUUACGCUUAGCUUUGUUUUCUAUCUUCUACAAUUGGACAUUACAAAGAAAACACUUAUCCACUAGAACUCCACAUGCAGUUUUCGACAUGUGUUGUGUACUGUACGCGACAAAAGGUAAAGGAACAAACAAACAUUUACAAAGCAUAAAGUGAGGCGUGCAAGCUCCAGUAAGCAAUGAUCAAGUCUUGUGUGGUCGCUUAUAUUAGUCAUUCUUGUAAGUGCCCGCUUGGCCAGCUCUAGUUUGCGGACGCUUUUUGUUUCCCGUUGGACUGUUUAUUUACGAAAGCUUCGAUGGUGUGAACAUUUCCGAUGGUGUGCGUUUAAGGAAAAUAUUUCUAUUUUUCACGUCAUUUAUAAAACUGUUCCCUUUGAAAGCUUCAAUUGUGUAGCUGUAUUAGUAGAAAUACCAGCACGAUUUUUCUCACCAUAUACCCAUAUUUUUAAGAAUAAGUGACAGCUUCGAUAUUUUACCACAAAUUUCCUACUGCAAAGAGAUAAUGAUAAAAUAGAUAUAUAAACAAAAAAAACAUAUGUAUUAUCACAUCCUCGGCAGUACGUCAUAUGGGUUUGGAAUUAAUCGCAUAUUUCUCUUUUCGUGUCAAAUAAGACGCUUUUCAGCACAAAACGAUAUUCGUCUGUUAUGUUAAAUCGUUUCUUUACAACUUAACAAACGAUGUUAAGAGCAGUUUUUUUGAUAUGUCUUCAUAAAUUUCUCUUUUCCAUUACGCAUAAAUUGAGGACCCUUUUCAUCUGUCCAAUUUUGACAAAUUUAAAUUUAUCGAUGUGCGUCAUAAGCUCGUAAUGCAAAAAUUAAUCGCAAAGGGGCUUUUCUAGUAUUAUUUAUCGUCGCUAUUUGACCGUUCGUUUUCGAUCAUUAUCAGUUUACUAGAAGGAUUUAACUCAACCAGCAUCUCAAAAAUCGAGAUAUUUGAAAAUCGAAGUCUUUUAUUUUGGUGAGUAAAAUCCUUUUAUUAUUUUUAUGGCGCAUUAUGCAUUAUCUUCGGUGCGGAUUCUCUUUAUCUUUAUUCUAUUAUUUGCCGGGAAAAGCUAUUUUUUUACAUUAGCCCCCACAUAGUGCUUUUUUUCUCGGAAAAUAUCGUAAAUAGCCCAUUGUUGUGGCACGUUAGUGUUUGGAGAUGAAAGAAACUAAAUUGGGUUGAUUUGCUUUGCUCUUUCAAGGUUGAUGGCGCGGUUUUAGGUCAGCGAAAUGUAGACAAGCGAGUGCGCGACCGUAUCGCUGCAAUCACCGCAAUUGCGACCAAACAUCAGAAAGACCUAGCUGCAGUUUUUAGUCCCAAUGGUACAAACGAACGAAAGUGUUUUCCAUCAUUUAUAUUUCAAAGCAUAAAGCAUAUGCAUGUCGAUGAAUGCAGGUCAGAGAACAUAAUAAAUCUGAAUUUUCAUCGGCGUUUGAGGUACACACAUACACUGCAAAAAAUCCUUGAGUUAAUACACUCACAGUCUUGAAUGUGAAAGCCAGCGACGAGUGAUCAUCGUCGCGGUUUUCCCUAAAAUUAUAAAUCUCACUAAAGUUUACGCAACACCACCCAGUUUUACGCUACAUUUCGACACCGUGUUAUCAAUUUUACACUGUUAAAUAUUUAUCAAACGUCAGAAAUCAAUUUCCCCAUCGAGGGCAAAACUCCAAUUUGUUUUUAUCGUUUUCAUUCGGCAUACCAACCGCGUCUUAUAAGCUUUAGCAAUACACUGAUAAAUUAGAGUUUAGGGAAAAUUUAGGGGAAAAAUACGAUUAAAAUUCCAUUUUAUAUACAUAACGAUGUCGUUUCUUUUGGUGCAAAUGUCGAAAUAUUAGAUUUUUAAAAAGGCGAAUACUAGAAAGAAGUAAAUUGAUAUGUUAAAAUAUUUAAAAACGAACUUUUAUCAGCUGGCAUUAAAAAAGGUUGACUGGGUGAAUUAGCAGGACAAUGGAGAAGAUAUCAUAAAUUUGCAGGCAGGUGGCCUAGCUAGUUUUUUUAGGAAAAGACUCGAGACAAGACUCAAAAUUUCGGCAUUCUGUAUAAAAUUGUGAGAAACGAAAAGUACCAUGUUGAAACUCUGCUCUAGAGGUUUCAUUUAAAUGGUCACAUCGUAGGAUUUCAUCCACAGACUCAAAAGUUAGGACUACGCAUGCGCACAAGGUGAAACAUUAUCAUGAGCAUUAGUGCAGUUAAGAGGUUUCAUGUUUGAUUUUGUCAACACUAAAAAGUAGGCUGAAUAAUAUGACGAUGACGUUUUCACAAUUCCCUUCGACGUUUUCUAUUGUCCUCUUCCUGAUUCUCAGAUUCGCCAUUUUCCUCGGCCGGAUUCCCAGGGGAAGCUAAUCAUGACGAAAUAUUCAGGGGCAAAUUCGUUUCAUGCAGAGUUUACAAGAAGAAUGGCGGAGCUGGAGCUCGGGGCCGGGAGCUAAAGGCUCGGUGUUCGGGGUUUGAGGGCUCGGCGCUGGGCUCCGAGUUCGCGCCGACCCUGUACAUGUCUUCAGAAGAUUUGGAUCGUGGUUCGGGAAUAGGGCUCGAAUCGGAGCUGAAUCUCCGAGAAUGUUUCGCGUCGUCCCUGUUUUCUGAAGUCUUAAUUAAAAACAGGCUUUCCUUCAUAGUGAAUUAAGCCUAUGAAUAUUAUGUCAUGGUCAUGACCAAACAGGAGUGUAAAGGCCAUCGCCAGAGAAUUGCCAGAACGUCUUUACCAUAUCGUCUUCCCACCGUUUUGCAUAAUCAAACGAAUAUUUGUUUGAAUCUAUGACAAGCAGCAUGUCAGGAAACCUUGUUUAAUUAGAAUAAAGCAAAUUGUAUAUGCUAAUGACGAUCACGCGACAUCAUAUUUCGCCAAAUAUUGCAAAAACGGCUAUACAUAUAGAACAAAAAGACUUUCUAUGGUGAACCCCAAAUUGAUACGCAAUAAACCAUCAAUCAAUCAACUUGUUUCCACAUUUAAGUCACGUGCAUUUUUGUUAUCAACAUACUGUCUCCUAACAAAUUGUUGUCUUCAAGUUCAACCGGAAAAAAUGAUUUUCGCUUGACCUUGAAACGAAUACGCACAAAUAAAACCAGAAGAACAAACAAACAAGAAUCUAUGAAUUUGAUUGACUUAUACAUAAGUGUAUCUAGGAGCCCAGUUUAUAAAGACGACUUGCAAAACCUGAAUAAUUUACAAAAGAUGCUUACAAGCCGUGAAGCGCUAGAUAUAGCUUUCUCGUUUACCGCACUUGCCACGAAAGUGAUUUUACAAAUAAAACGUACGUCAUUGUAAUUUCUACUACAGUUGAUGAUCAGCAUUGAUAAAAACUACGUCAUUGAAACAUUAAACGGCCCGUGAACGCUGGAACGUGCACAUUUGUAUGUCCUGUUUCCCUGCUUGCAAUAAAUCAUUUUGUUGGCACUUCAAAUCUUUCAUAGAGAAGCUUCUCUUGGUAAAAUUGAAGCAGGUGCAUGUUCGAGCCAAGAUGACGUCAACAAACCCGCAAUUAUCCGGUCGCCCAGGACAAAACGUGUUUCAGGUUUCAGACCAUUUCAGUCCACAAACGUGCUUCAGACAUUAAUAAAGUAAGCAUUUGGUCACCUAGCUGACGCAAAUAUAAUGUAAAAAGAACUGACUACAGCAAGAAAACUUUAAGACUUCUCUCAUGCCGGCUUCGCUGCCUUAAAUAUAUCGCCAUUUCAAUUGUUAAUGCUCUUCAUGUUUACAAAAAAAAAACACUUCAUAACGCAUUGGACAAUAUGAAUUACAUGCGUCAAAGCUCUUCGAAUUCAUGAGUUUAAACAAUACGUAGUAAUCAUAACAACAACAAAAAAUCCUUACUCAUGGCAGUGCGCUGAAAAGGAGCCUCAGGACUUCUACGGAACAAAUGCUGUAGCUGCAUAAAGGCAAGUCAUUAAAAAAAAAGCUAAAUUUAAAAUCAAUUUGAUGUUACCUGCAUAAAACCUUAAUUAUUAUUUUCAUGUUUGGAUAACAAGGUCUGUUACAGAGGUUUCUUUUAUCAAAUGCUUACACUUUUCCAUGCCAACUGAAUCAUGACGAUACUCUGGUCGUUGAAGAGCUUACUAUACUUAGAAGUAGAUACAGCUAUUAAGCUUAUAUAGAAAUUAUAAUCACUACUACCCAGGGAAGUGCAUUCAUACACACUGGCGACCGAUACAGUUUGUUCCAGAAUCGGAUGGCCUUGGAUGCCAAUGCUCAACCACAGCUAGUAACAUGAGCUGCACAAAAUGCAGAAAAAUACUAAAUUUCAGUUCGUCAAAUAUUGAACAGUCAAACUCCGUAAAUAAGGACACUGAGGGGGGCCAUUGAAAGUAACCGUCUUAACGGGGUUUCCGUAUAUUAAGGGGGUUGAAUUUAGAAAAAAUAUAAGGGCUUUCUUUCCCCAGGGACAAAGCCAACUGUCCGUAUUUAAGCGGGUGUUCGUAAAGCGGUUUUUGACUGAAUGCGGAGGUGCUACUAAACAGAGGUCUUAUUUGAAUAGCUACACCACAGAAUCUUAUCCCCAGGCUAAAAAGGAGUACUACGUACAUUUUGACUCAUGUAGCAGGAAAGAUUUAACGAUGCAGUAUGCAUUGAAGGCAUAGGUGUUUGCGAACUGGACUAUGUAGUAACGACCUGAGACUUGUUGGGGUAGGUGAUCUUAUAUAGAUCCUGGACGGUAAAUGAAGUUACAAUACUGCGCGUACUAUCUACAAAGAGUGUUUACUUAUUCUUUGGGAAUUUGAUCUUGGAAAUCGUCUUGUAUAAAGUAUAAGUGAACAUUCAGAUUAGCACAAUCGGAAGAGGCUGAAUUCCUGCCCGUGGCCUCACUCAAAAUUCCAAAAUUAGUCAGGAAAUAUCACCUUCUUUUAUAAUAUAAACACGUGAAGGAAUUUUCUACAAAUAUUGGUUAUUUUAAGCUCGGAUAAUUCGAAAUGAGGCGGUUCUUGAAAGCGAUGGGCAGCUCCCUCGCUCCGUCACGACGGUAUGUGGCAAAACUUUAAACUUUUUUCAGGGGAAGAAGCAACGCUUAAUGAUGUCAAGAAAAUAAGUGAUCAUGAAGGUAGUUUUACGGUCAGUUCAUAUACAGCUGUCUUUAAAAUUAGAAGAAUAUAUAGGAAAGGUCUCCACAGAUACAAAUGGUCGGCUAGAAGUAUUUUCUACCCUAUGAGUCCUGGGACCAACGGUAACUAUCUUUGAGUUGAAGGAAACUUUUACAUUAAUUUACCAAAAUUUUAAAAAAGGCCAGAAAAAAAUGAAUAAACUCAUAUGAAGCUAAAUAUGGAUUGUUACCAAAAAAGAAGAUUGGCAUGGACUACAAAGUUGAAAAAUUAAGACUUUUCAAGAUGUAGAAACGGUGAUAAAAUAAAAGACAGUCCGCGUGAACGAAGGGAAAGCAGAUUGCCUGUUUCUCUGAAUCAGGAUGAAAAUACCGUAGCCUGAAAUUGCAAGUUCAAAACGAACUUUCUUGUUUUGGUACGUAGCUCUUGCUGUUUCAGGUUAGACCAGCGGACUCACUGUCACAGGAAUCCAAGAUUUUGAAGGGCAGCUGAAGAAUGAUUGUAAUUCUAGCCCGAGUUGUGCUUCGUACUUACUGAAAAAAUAUCCAAUCGCUUACAAGCAAAACGCACCACGGGUCCGACAUAAAAUUUCGAUGACAGCUCGAGCCAUCAUUAACCGUAACGAACAGCAAGUGUUAAAUCAGGUUUUCUCGAGAAUUAAACUGACAAUUAAUUUAUUCGCUCUGACAAAGGGCUAGCACUCAAAAAACCACGAGCUUUUGAUCUAUUUUGGAUUGGAAAAAAACUUUUAUCAAAAAGAUAUGUUAGCUCUUGAGCAAAAUAUUUUAACGACAGCCGGAAUCGAUAUACGAAAAACAACGUCAGCUACAUGUAAUAUUGAUGGUGAAUUAACAGUUACAAUUCACACUUUUAAUGGGAUAUAUAUUUUGUUAGAAUGUCUGAUAAUUUUAUAUAAUUCGGGGAGUGUUUUUUAACCGUUUUCCACAAUGGACUUGGCCAAGGUCUGUAAAAUAACUAUACUUCCCACCACCUGCCUGUUUAGAGUCUCUGGUUGAGAAUCUCAUCACCAACUAAAAAUAUGGGACAAUAUAUUCUUUUCUUGUUUUCUUUUUUUAUGUCGUGGGUGUAUCUGAAUCAAUAUAGACCCGCAUGAUUUGUCCCAACUUGUAGCCAUGGUGUUAGUGGUUCAAUUUUUUAGGUCAUGUUUGUGAACGUGAUUAAAAACAGGUACAACUUUAAGCUAUAUUUUCCGGUGAUGUUAUAAGCGGUUCUCGACUUUUCCGGCCGUUGUUUCUUUCGACAUUUCUGAAAAUUAAUAGCAAAACUUGGCGCGGAUAGGGAGGUCAAUACAAUCUUUAAAGAACUCUGACCUACGCCCCUUUUAGUGACGGUACAAAUCGUCAAACAUUUCAAUGUGCUUUGUCAUCAUGACAUUCACUAACCCAGUAAACAACUGAGCGGUUCUUCUUGUGAAGAGCUUUUUAAAAAAAACUUUCAACAACAAGAGUAGACACUAAGACUCUUCCUUUCACCCUGAUUUUUAUGCCCCUCGUUUAGUACUAGUAACCUUUGACAAGAAAUGCUUUUCACUUUAUCUGCUCCUGUCUAUUGAUGACUUUAUUCUUGUCAGUCCCAAAAAGGUAGCGGCAAAUAUUCCAGGUCUCAUUUUAAAAGGUGGAAAUGUCGAUAUUCACUGAGUCAGUUCAGUUGAUCUCUUAAUUAUCCAUUAGAUAGCGAGUUAUUCAUUGCGUAACGAUAUCUCCUGUGAGCUGUGACGUUCUGUGACGUCAUCAUCAGUCGCUUAUUUUACUUCUCGAUACUUCCGACUUCACUUAAAUGUCAGUAAUUUUCAACGUUUCGCCACUGCUCAUAAAAACGUCGAGGUGAGCAGUGAAAUAUAUACUAGAUGCUUGCAACGCUAGAUUUUCAAAGUGAUUUCAGGAUUUGUCUGUUAAUUUACAUACUAAGAUCAACAUUCAAAAAUAACAGGAGAAAUGAAUCAUGAAAAUAUUAAGCUAUGUGAUGCCUUCACUGGAGCCAAGAAGAGAUAAAGAAAAAUAUCUUACGAGUGUUAUGGAGCUAAGACAAGGUAGGGUGAAAAUAUGAUACGAUAUUAAGUCACAGACGAUCAAUAUAUACAGCAUUUUCUUCACAAAUCUUCAUUUUCUCCACAAAUCUCGAUACUCUCAUUUGACUCAAUGAGAAAGUGAAGUUAACAGUUGUGCAGUCAUAAAGCUAUUUUAUGGACGUUUUCGAAUGUUUGAGAGUAUAUGCUGUUCCAAUUUUCUGGCCACUUUCUUGAAGAAGAUUUAUUUCCUUUGUUCAAUCUAGAAUAUUUUAAUUCGCUAUCAUCUCUUGUGAAGAUACAGUAAUAUACAGAAAAAUCUUUCUGUAAAAGAAAGAUUUGGUGAAAAACAAAGGACAGAUCCAGUAAAUUGUCUGACGACUGUAUUCAUGAUAUAAGUACAAAAUGCUUUAGUCUGGCUAUUAUGCUAACUGUUUUACCCCUUUUACAACCAUUAAAGUGAUUCUUCUCAAAUCAUUGUCUAUUAGUACCCAUUUUCAGCUAAUUUUUGCAUCAAAGAGGAAUGAAUUUGUUAGUGUAAAGUUUGAAAUUUACUUGGCGGGUGAGCAGUGGUUGUCAGUUAUCGAUGUUCUAACAUAACUGCGUCUAGCACGACAGGCCCUUACUUCAUAUUUUGUGCUGGCUUGUUAUCAUCUCCCUGUCUUCUGUGUAGUUACUGCCGGGCAGGAAGUACUAACACAAAAUUUUUCAUUGCAAAUGCGUUAAAGGCACCUUAACUGAUUUCGCUUACAGUUCUACACAUUCGACAACAACAUUCUUCCGUUAUUCUCAGAUUAUUGAUUAGAGACUAGUAAUACUUCUGAAAUAAUCAAUCCAAAGAGCUUCUGGGGUUGAGAAAUUAUUUAAUAUAAUUGCAACUCCUUUUUGCGCGCUCUUGACCCGUACGAAGAGAAUGGCUUCAUUGUUGAGUUCGACACAGAAAAUCUUGGGCUGUAUAGCGACACACAUUUCGUCAUCAUUUUCCACAGGACUGAAAUAGAAAGACACGACGUUAUCAUUCCUUCCUACGGUCUCUGAACUGGAACAUAGAUUCUAAUAUCUUUUUGCGGCCGAGGAUUAUAUAAUCUCAAGUUAAGUGGCUUAAUUGUAUUUAUUUUUGUCGCGUAAUAUUAGGCCUAUCAAAGGCUUCACUCAGCAACUCAAGCGUGCAGGCCUAUGGCCCCAGUUGCAUGAAACUGCAGUUGCAUAAAUCAGUGAGUCGGAAAUCGAGUUACCGUAUAUAUUCGGCUAAGGGACGUGGCGUCUGAAAGAAAUUACUGGUCAGGAAUGAUGAAAAAAUCCUGAAGAAAAUUUAAGUUAGCACCCUAUUAUUAAUUAAGAGUUCCGGUCCACCUAUCUAAGGUAUAAAAACGGUUAAAGAAACGGUAUUGCAUUAAGAGUCCUGCGACGAGUCAUGGUCUUUAUUGCCAGUGUGGUUUCGGCCAAGUAUAAAGACAAACCACACUGACAUCAAUGCUACAUCAUUGAAAGUGUUGCUCAAAAUAGAACCGCAAAAAGCGAGCCCUAUCCUUUGUAGGUAGGUGCAAAAAAAAAUUGGCUACUUUGAAUUCCAGAGCUGUCUACAUUUCUUAGUUGGAAAAGCCUACCCUACAAGCGUUUUAAAGUAUAGGCUGCAACACAGCCCGAUCGUAUACUCAAAAUUCUAUUUACAAGAGUUUUUAAAGGAGCAACGUUUAACAUGCACAAUAUAGCCUAUUAAAGUCAUCGGAACUUUACAUAAAAGGACUACUGUUCAGUCUUGCUGGUCAACUCAGUGGGAGACGUCCUUUGAGAGCGGGUACAACAAUUUAGCAACCACGGUCACACGGGUCUGGCCAUAUCUUUUCAUAUCUCAAGGGCCCUUCUUAGUAUUUUUGCACUUCCUAUACACAACAUUUCCAUUCAAACCUUCAGAGAUUGUUCCCAAAUCUUCUACAACAAUAUUCUUAUCGUUAUUAUUAUUAUAUGAUUAUGAUUAUGAUUAUUAUUAUUAUUUAUUAUCAUUUUGAACAUAGUUGACUUCAAAUAGCUUGCUAAAAUGAUUGUCGCCGUGGUGAAUUGUUUAAACACACGAAACACUGACGUAUUUCCGGUUAAAGAAAGUAGCUGUGGCUAUUGUUGUGGUAAUUCGAGUUGGUCGUGAAUGAAUUUUUUUUUGCGUGUGGCGGUAAAUCAUGAAUGCUUAACGCUCCAUUUCGUUGCUCGGAGGUAGCAUCUAUCUUAACAUAACCUGAAGAGAUAAUUCACCGGUGAGUCACGGAAAUAUUUUCGCUGUGUUUUAUGGAGGAAAAUUUGUAUCCAAGGUAAGGUUUUCAUCUCGAAUAUACGCUAAAGCGAAACACGACAGCAGGUGUAUAGGUGAGCUGUUAUCGCUGCCGUCUGUCACAAGUUUCAAUUUCGUCGCAAAAUAAAAAGCGUUUUGAUUUUAGAAGAAGCAUUUUUUGCUUCAGUUUGUAUUUUUAGUAUGAUGGAUGAAAAAAUCACUUGAAAUUUGAGAAAUUUUUAAAGUGGCCGACCCGGCAAACUUUUCUAAGAUGGACAUCUGAUAUUUCAAAGGCUCUUAAUAACCGCAGCUUCAACCGGAACAAUUAUUUCGAAGGGAAACUUUAAUUUACAUAUGGCUGUUUCAAAUCAAUAAAAAAAGAAAGAAAAAGUAGAAUGGUUAAAAUUCACGCACCGCUCUUUGUUAGUCUGGAUCUUUGCUUUUUUAAUCCCAGUACUGAUGGUUCCUUUACAGUUAAGCUCAAGGUUUCUCUUCUAUCGUCGUUACAGAAUGGAUGAUAUGUUGCACAUAUAAAUAUAUGUUAAGCAUAAAAGCUUUUUUCUAUUGUCUAAGAGCAACACCUUAAAAACGCAUUUAUUGUCUUGACUAAGCUAUAUAGAAGCCUGAUUCUUUACAUUUUUAUUUAUUAUUAUUUAUUUUAGGAAAUGACAGCGUAGGAGAAUUUUUUAAGGUCAAAAUGCAGAAAGAAGAGAAAGCGACGAGUUCUUCUCAAAUAGACGUCGAUGAGCGAGGAGAGUAUUGCAUAAUAAAACCCGACUACCUCCCGAAUGGGGUGAAAACAAAAAAGGACACUCAAACAGCACCACAAAGCACUUAUUCACGGAGCGUUCAACAGGAAAAAGACAAAACCAAGGUUCCUUCGAAACUUAAAGUUCAACGGUCAAUAUCAAGCCCAGAACAGCUCGUGCGAUCCCUCUAUAUGAAUGACAAGCAGUCUGCUGCCCAAACCAAUGGCACACAGCGGAGUAGCGGUCGUUUUGUGGUUGGACCGGCAAGGAGAAGCACGGGGCAUGUUAAACUUGGGAGCCGGCGAAGCACGGGAUCGCUUACUGGACGAGAACCACCGCCACCACUUCGAUAUUUUGCCUAUCUCGGAAGGCUGCAUCCAACUACUAAAGCCCCACAGCUACCUCGUGGCAGGCUCCCUUCCGCUCAUGACAUACUAGCGGAUCGGCCUGUAAUUCUAACCAGUACUUCCAUUGUGUCGCCAUACGCAACCAAUGUUAUCUGCCGAGAAAUUGACGAAUUGGAGGGGCAAGAACCACCAGCGGAUUACAAUGACUUACUGGACUGUUGCACCUGUAUGUGCUUCGUGAAAGCGUUAUUUUAUCACUGCACGAAAGACACUAAAGAUGAGGGUCAACUGGCCGACGACCCAUGUUCAUGCCAGGGGCCUGUGGGCCAGUGUGUGGGUCGAUGGGGUAUUAUGGGGAUUCUCUCUUUAUUUCUUCCAUGUAUGCUCUGUUACCUGCCAUUUGAAGCUUGCUUUAAGUGCCACGAGUGCAUGAAGAAAGAAGCCCCCGUCGAAAGCAAUAAAAGCGAUUACUUACCAGCAAAGAAAUCAUCUGUAACUGACGAACCCACAUCAUUGACAAUUGAUUCUAGAUCAGAAGGAGCGCAAUAG